AUGGAGAUGCGGCGUACGUAUUUCCCUGAGGUUUUGUUCUUGAUGGAAACUAUGCACAGUAGGAAUGAUGUUGUAGAUAUUCAGGUGUGGCUGGGUUAUGACUUUGUAUAUACGGUGAACCCGGUUGGAAAAAGUGGGGGUCUGGCUUUAUUUUGGAGAAAAUGUUGUAAAGUAGAAGUCUUAUCGGCGGAUAAAAAUGUGUUGGAUGUAAAUAUUAAGUUUGAUUCUCUUCAGUUUUACUUGUCUGGCGUUUAUGGUCACCCGGUGGUUGGUGAAAGGCGCCAUGUAUGGGAGAGGCUACAGAGGAAAGGCAUUAACAGGAAGGAUUGUUGGAUAAUGCUUGGUGAUUUUAAUGACAUCUUGAGUAAUGAUGAAAAGCUAGGAGGGCCUAGAAGAGAUGAGAGAUCAUUCCAACUUUUGCUGAAAUGCUCAGUGCUUGUGGCUUUCUUGGAAAAGAGAGGUUCAGAUCAUCGCCCGGUUCUGGUCAAGCUCACUUCCUCUCAAUUGUCCUACAGAGGAUCUUUUAGAUUCGAUGAAAGAAUGCUCCACAAGCCGUUGGUAUGGGAAGAAGUGGAAAAAGCUUGGAAUCUGCCUGACCAAUGCUUUGGUUUCUCGGUGGCAGGGAGACUAAGAAGCUGUAGGAAGGCUUUGAGCAGGUGGAAGAAGCAGAAUAUACUGAAUUCGAGAUCCAGAAUCAGGACCAUUCAGUUUGAACUGGAGAAUGAACUGAGUGUGAGAAAUCCCUCCUGUCAGAAACUGCAGGAUCUUAAUCAUCAGAUGAUUGUGGCGUACAAAGAUGAGGAGUCUUUUUGGAAACAAAAAUGUAAAAACCAGUGGGCCUUGCAUGGUGAUAAGAAUACUAAAGUCUUUCACGCGGCUGUGAAAGAAAGGAGAGCAUCUAAUGGUCUUUAUCAGCUGCUAGAUGAGAACGGCAUCAAUCAUACCUCAGAAGCUUCUCUGGGUCAGCUGGCUGCGGACUACUUCAGGAGACUCUUCACUUCAUCUUACCAGGCGGAUGAGAGGUUCUCUUUUGAUGACUUCGAACCAAGAGUGUCUGAAGCUACAAAUGCCUCGCUGAUAAGUAUUGUGACUAAAGAAGAGGUGACAUACGAGGUUCAGAGGUUUUUUGCCUUUGCUGUUUUUCCCAAAGAAUGGAAUUUGACUCACAUAUGUCUUAUCCCAAAGAAGAAGGAAGCAGUUUGUAUGGCGGAUCUUAGGCCUAUCAGCUUGUGCUCGGUGCUAUACAAGAUUGUCUCUAAAAUUCUGGCUGCCCGCAUUAAGCCCUUCCUUCCUGAAUUGGUAUCUCCAAACCAGUCGGCCUUUGUCUCCGAAAGGCUCAUAUCAGAUAACAUAAUUAUUGCGCAUGAAGCUCUCCAUGCUCUCAAGACGGUCAAACCGUUCUCAAGGACUUCAUUGCCAUAA